AUGGAGUCUUUGCUCAUCGAUUAUCCGCUGCGACCAAUUUUCAUAACGGGUUUGUGGCAAUGUUUGGGGGGGCAUCUGCGUGUAAAGACUUCCAGGGGUGUAGGCAUUGAACCAACUCGCCUGCGGAACGUCCUGGAGGUAACCAAAACUGCCAACCUAUCUACAACAUCCACCUCAAUUGGCUCUACAAGUACUAAUGCUGACGCUUUUAUAACGAAUCAUCUCACUGGAGAUGUCAAAUUCUUGCUCUUUGCGGAUGGAUUGGCUAGACCAGACAAGGGUGUGCAGACAGUAGAAGGAUUCCACUUAUCUCUCAUUCGCGCAAGUGUAACGUAUAACAAUGAGGAUGGAAUCUUGGAGGUAGUGCCAACAGAGGCGACGCAGAUGCCGCCAUGCCCUGCUGGCGUAACCGCGUGGAAGCACUACUCCACUUACGCAGAGGGUAUGGAUAAUGGUUCAUUCACGGUUGAGAGCCAUUGUAAGGAGCAUAUGAAGCGAUUGCUGCGCGAAUAUGCGUUUAACGAGGAGAAGGGUAGUUCCAUGGUAGCGCCGCAGAUAGGGGCACUUGAUGCCGUGCUGUACGUUCUGUGGAAUUGGGUCAGUGAGUCUGGCGAAAAAGCAAUCGGAAGCCAUAUGUAUAUUAUGAACAAUGACGAAGGUGUGUGUUUUUCACAUGAGAACGUGAAACGCAAUUUUGGCAGCAUGCUAAUACCAAACAGCCUUCAAAUCCUUGAAGGGUCGCUUCUAGAUUACCUAAAGUCGGACAAUAUGAGCAUGCCACCAAAUAUAGACCAAAUAAAGUAUAAAGAUGUGGAUUCGGGUAGUGAUUUCGAUGGAUAUGAGUCGAUGUCUGAUUCGGACGACAGUUUUGACUGGUCAGCAGUGGAGCCAUUUGUGGAAAAGCUUAAGGCAUUGAUUGCAAAGUAUCAAUCGGUCGUUCCCAGCAUAAACGGAGUAUUUCUAGACGAUGCUCUCUGGGUGGCGAAUAUGAACGUCGAAUGCACAUCCGCAAGGGAGGUGUUGUUGCUGUUGAAGUCGUCAACUUGUUGGCAAGAUCUAGAAGGAUCACAGUGUCACUUAACCCUAUACCCGGGUAUAUAUUUUCGAGGCCGGCUCCAGUUGAGGUGCUUCCUGUUUGAAAAUGAACUAGUGUGCGUGGAGCAAAUCUUCGUGAACGAGAACUUCGGCUUUCUGGCUAAAGACGCACAGUCCCUGGUGGGAUCCUUGAAGUCGUAUUCUCCAUCUGUAAUGGGAGUUUUAAACAAAGGGGGAGUUAGGAGCGCCAUAUUUGACGUGACGGUAUCUACGAAGAAUGGCGAAAUAGAAAUGCUCAACAUAUACCAGUUUGGGUCUUUGCCGGACGGGCUGCUGCAACUGGAGGAUGUCUAUCACUUCUACUACACGGGUAAAAGCGAUGGUUUGAAACCACUAGACCUUGCCGAUAUGGCCGUAGUAGAUGGAGUGCUCGUUGUUUUCGUAGGUGCCAACUCCAGCAGGCUGCAAAAGCAUGCAUGGUGCCCCAAUGAUAUAGGUAACCUGAGCUUCAACACGCACGACGACCUUAUCGAUUAUCUGCGAUUCCAAGCACAAGAAAUGUAG